GCUCUCAAACGAGUAAACUUUGAACAAUCAACAUAUCCUUACCAUUUUGCUGAAAAGACUACAAGCUUCAUUCAUAUAUUGUCAUUCGCGAUGACAUGCUGCAAGACGACGAGUUCUAGGAGAAGUGAAAAAGAUUUAUUAAGGUUAUGCAAGGUAACGGUACAGUCUUUCUUCAAGAUUUCGCCGCUUCUCAACGAUCGCACAUGCCACCGUAUCGACAUCACAAUAGGCACAUUUCGAGACGAUUGCCCCCCUAAAUCCUUCGAUAUAUCCCCGUUCACGCCAACCAGCUGAACUCUAAAUGCAACUUAUACCAUUGACAAUAUUAGUCACAGCUCACGAACCAUCUUGGAAUCGACAAUAAGCAACAUCUAUGGUGACGACAGGAUUAAUUGUGAAUAUGCCAUACCUAAUGAGUCCUUGAUAUGCUUGAACGAAUUCUCUACACGCAGAUCCCGACACCAGCACUUUUGAUAUCUGCAAGAUGUCAAAUAGUGGUUGUUAUUUUUACAAGGCUGAAGUUGGCACAUGUCUUACGUUAAAUGCCUCCCUGGAUUAUGAUUAGGUCUUCUUCUGGUCCUAUGUCGGUUGGAUCUAUUUGAUUCAAACAAGAAUUGGUCUGCACGUAUUGGACAUUUGACAUGGCGGUUGUUUCUGGGUGAUUUGAAGCACUCGUUAUUCUUGCCCACAAACUGAGUUCUCUCGCAAAGCUCUAACCUUUGACUGCUGUCCCAACAGCGACAUCAAUCCAUGACUCUAUGAAGAUACUUGGGGUACCAGUCACUUUUGAUAGAUGCUAUCAUCAUUCACAUUCAUUACUAGAACGAACCUGCAGAAUAAUACAAGAACCCAAGAACACCACAAUCAAACAACAGCGGAGCGCUCCCAGAUUACCGUCUACCAUUCGACUACUGGGCUGUUUGUCUUUGCAGAAAGGGUUCGAGAGGGUUAGCUCCUCAUCACACGAAGGACGUGGUCUGCAUACAUUGCUGGGAAAUAUUCGAGGGUUAGAUUCCCUUGAGCCUUGUGCAGCUCUAGCAGAGGCAGGCUCUAUAUUGGCAUCGCCAUAUUGACGAUAAUUUCCUUUCCUUUCCCUUGUUAUAUUUGCGUAUCAAACGGAUUGUAGAUAGAACUAUGCAUACAUUACGUGACUUCGAAAUUGUAAACGCGGUUUGGAUACCGAUGCAUGGAACUCGGAAGGAAGGACACAAAGCUCGGUAAUCUGCUCUGCUCACUCGGUGUCGGAAUCGGACGAUUCUUUCAAAUCUUUCAACUCUACAGAACAACGAGUGUGCAGUGUUCUUGCUACGAAAGUGGUUAUUUUGCACCUCUACGGAUUAUGGAGUUCCGAUGAUACGGUGUGGGUUAGGAACACAUUAUCAGACUCGACUCGAUUCAGCACUUAGCAAUCACCACCACCACUACCACAACAAAUAGGCAAGUCAUACAAUCAGAUAUCUAGGUAAUGUAACACCAAAAUCCCUCCCAAUUUUUUAUUUCCUCAUCGUCUUAUACUUCUCAAUUGUUUCAAGAUUCUCAUCAUUAUUUUCAUGGGAAAUCAUUUCACUAUUCAAUUCAACUCAACUCUCCUCUCUCAAAGUCUUUUGUGUCGCAUUGUAUGGUUUGAUGCCAAUCCAUCGACUCAAUUCUCGCUAAGCCUAAAGAAGCGCGCCACUUUAGCAAAAUCAUCGACAUUCCCUCAAUUAUGCCUUCAACUCCACAACCAAAAGAACACCCUCCUGCUCGAGAUGCGAUCGCGCUCGAGAUGAAAGACAGCUGGAGCCCCGGUGACGAUCGCAGAGAUAGAGGUAGAGUCGACCGAGGAGUUAUUGAAAGACGGUCGAGAAGAUCAAGGUCUCCCACGUCACGUCGGCCGGACGCCGACAGGACACCCAAUACCAGAGAUCGCAGUACUGAUAGGUCCAGGCCAACACAAGAAGUUGAAAAGCCAGAUCGUAGUCCAGGCCGCAGAAGGCCAUCGUCUCCGCGGCCAUCAAAAGAUAUACAAGAAGACGUAUUGAAGCGCAAUCAAGGCAGGGAACUACUAUUAGAAACGCGAGGCUCAGAAAUAGUAAAAGGAAAUACAGUCCAUUCUCCUCAACAAUUAAAACGAAGAAAGAGUCGCAGCCCAUCUCCGAGUCGCAGCCAACAAAAAAAAAUCCGAAGGAAUUCUCGCAGUCCAGUACGGCACAACGGAGCUACGAAAGGGCCCCGGCGAGAUAGGAAGCGACGAAACCGGUCUACAUCACAACAUCGACAUCGACAAUCGGAACCAAACAGAAACAAUCAACGCGAGGAAGGAAACCCAAGAAAUCGUAGAGAUUUUGGAAAAACCGAUAAGCGUGGGCGAUCUCCUGGCCAAAACCGCGAUAAAUUUGAAAAGUCUCGUCCUUCAUCAGCCUUAGACUACGACGAUCCACCGACGAACCGUAAUCAAUCCCCCAACAAAACUGUCGAGCAAGAACAAAAGGACGGAGGAAACCCAGCACCAAAUCUAUCUGAAAAUAAGGAAAGGAAGCGAGACCCUUCCCCAUACUCGAGCCGUCGAUCACCAGAGGCAGAUAAAUACGAACAUAAAAACCGUGGUCGUCGUCAAUCUCCUCGUGCACCGAAAGGGCCAAAGGGAAAUCGGAGACGGUCCCCAAAGCGAGAAAAAGGACGACCUUCACGAGACGAAUAUCGCCCUAGUAAUAAAUCUCGAGGUCGACCUACAUCGGCAGCUUCGGGAGCGAAUAGUAUCGAGGUCAAAUCGGAUAAGAUGGCUAGCAGAGGAUUCUAUGGUAAUCAGCAAGGGUACAAUCCAAACCAACAAAUGCAGGCUGCAUUUCCUUUAAAACCACAAUUCAACCAAGUUCCUCAAGGGCCUCAAGCUGAUCCACGGCAAUUUUCACAAUCUCCACAACAUCAAAUGACCCCAAAUUCAUAUCAUGGUUCACCUCAGGCACAAUCACCCUAUUCUUCUGGCCGGGGAAAUUGGAAUGGCUCACAGCAACAACAGUUUUCGCCCUCCUCGCAAUUUCAACAAAAUUACCAGCAACAACCGGAAUAUGCUACUCCUACUGGCCCACAAGGCCAAAUGUAUGGCAAUCAAGCCCAAUCUCCUUCUCAUCAAGGGCCUCCCACGGGGCCAAUGAACAAUAACUUCAGAGGCAACCAACGGAAUUUUAGAGCGAACAAUUUCAACCCCCGAGGUAGUCGUGGCAACCAGUUCAAUCCUCAAUGGAAUCCUCCUUCUGGUCCCUCCGGCGCCAGUCGCGCCCAGUUCACCAAUUCUGGUAAUGUUACACCUCAGCAAAUGUCACCGCAACAACAGUUCCCACAGCAGAAUUCAUUUGAUUCGGGUCCAAUUCCAAUGCAGAAUCAGGUGGACGAAAGCGAAGACUUAUUUAGACCCUCAAAAGACCUUCAGGCUGAGGAUACUAGCAAACAGAAUGAUGAACAAAUGCCCCCUCCUAGUCGACCACCGCCAACAGGGCCUCAAAGUCAACAGAACUCCUCAAAGUUUAGUUUUGCUUUCAAAGGUCCAGCUAAAGCGGCAACUACUCCGAAGCCAGAGAUUUCUCAAAAGCUCAAUGCUGUACCAAUCAAGCGAGAUAUGCAAAAUAGCCCUCGUGGCCCUGCAGCGGCACGGAAUAUUCCUACAGAGCCAGCAUCUGCCAGAGCACAACACGCAUUCCGCGAACCACCGCCUCCUGUUACGCGUAAGGUCAAGAAGAUUAUGCAACGUUUGAAGCCAAAGCCACAGUUAUUACCCGAAUACAAGGCAUCAGAUUCUGUGUACUAUCGAAAACCUGGUAACGAAUCUGUGGUAGGAUCUGGAACUUACGGUAAAGUGUUCAAAGCUAUCCACGUCUACACCAAGAAGUUGGUCGCUCUGAAGAAGAUACGCAUGGAAGGAGAACGCGACGGGUUUCCUGUGACUGCUGUUCGAGAAAUCAAAUUGCUACAAUCUUUGAACCACCCAAACAUCGUCACCUUACAAGAGGUAAUGGUGGAGAAGAACGAUUGCUUUAUGGUUUUCGAGUAUCUAUCACACGAUCUUACGGGCUUGCUCAACCACCCAUCCUUCAAGUUAGACGCAGCUCACAAAAAGCACCUUGCUAAGCAGCUUUUCGAGGGUCUUGAUUACCUCCAUCGACGAGGUGUUUUACAUCGGGAUAUUAAAGCAGCAAAUAUCCUUGUUAGUGAUGAAGGGCAACUGAAAUUAGCAGAUUUUGGGCUGGCUCGAUUUUAUGCAAAGCGAAGACAGCUGGACUAUACCAAUCGUGUGAUCACCAUCUGGUAUCGUUCACCAGAACUUCUCCUUGGAGAGACACAAUAUGGUCCUGCAGUGGACAUUUGGAGCGCAGCCUGUGUCUUGGUUGAAAUUUUCACUCGCCACGCAAUCUUCCCCGGAGACGGUGGGGAAAUCAGUCAACUCGAGAAAAUUUAUGCUGUGCUCGGAACGCCAAAUAGAAAUGAUUGGCCUGGCUUAGUAGACAUGGCAUGGUUCGAACUUCUUAGACCUUCUGCUAAACGAUCCAAUGUCUUUGCAGAAAAAUACAAGGAACGCGUUACACCAGCCGCGUUUGAACUUCUAGAUGCUAUGUUUCAAUAUGACCCUGCCAAGCGACCUUCUGCUUCUGAUGUUCUUGAGCAUCCAUAUUUCACGACGGAAGAGCCAACUGCAAGACAGGCUAUCGAACUGAAAGAACUCAAAGGCGACUGGCAUGAAUUCGAAUCCAAAGCGUUACGCAAAGAGAAUGAACGCAAGGAUAAAGAGGCACGAAGGGCGGCCCAAAAGGAAAAGGAGAAGAAACGAACUGCAGAAAGUGAACCCUGUUCUGAUAGAGACCCAAAGCGAGUAAUGAUGGCACCCCCAGAUAUACCACCGCCAUCUGCCAUUACUAAACCCCAGGAAGUUGCCGCUUCGAGCAACUAGACCGCUUCCACUGCGCUCCAACAUAGUAGGGGUGGGAUAGUUCACAAAAAUUCGCUUGCAGGACUGUACAUUUGGAAGGAGCGCUUUUGGCAUUCAGGAACCAGGUGGGAUAAAGCCUUUGUAAGAUUAUUUAUAUUCAUAACGUAAUGGGACGCGAAAUGCUCUUCAUGGGAUGGGUUUCAGAUGAGCAGUCUAGGAGAUGAAGGUGGAGUAAGAGCGGGCGUUCGGUGAUGAGGAACGGGUAGGAGAAAUCCAUAAUUAUCUUCAUAACAUUGCGCUAUGCAUUAGGAAAGCGAAUUGAAUGUCCCUUUCCAGUUUUGUUACUUUCUUUGGGAAGGGGAUGAGUUGUGGAUGAAGAUGGAGAUUUCUUGUAGUAUAGGUGCGAAUGCUACUAUAUUCAGAUAUUGCG